AUGGCAGACUCCAAGCAGUCUAGCGACUCCAGCCAACUGCCGCCAGCGUACUCCACGACGGCCACCAGUACACCGAUGUCAACCUCCCCUCGUUCGCUCACGCUGACGCUGAGCCAAGACCUCCAACAACCCCCUUUGUUGACGUCCAUCAACUUCUCACAAUACCAAAUCCCAGGCGCUACGUUAACAGAUGACCAUGUAUUGACUGUGACUCGCCGUGAAGAGUUCAGUCGUGAUCCAGGCGCCCUUCUGCACCUUAUGCAGGAGCAGGUUCAGCUGCCUCCAAAGCUGCUCGUGCAGAUUCGUGGCAGACAUUCCGAAUACGGAGAGACGAAAGAUGACUUUGAUAUCACUCUAAACUUACUGCCGCUGCUGGUGUCAGAGGAUGAGCGCUGGUCCUACGUCAAGUUGGACCCGAGCCGCAUCACAAUACACAACCAGCCUUUGUCCCCCGGGCCACCAUACGAGGUGGCCUCUGCAGAUCUCGAGACGCUGACCAGGCUGUAUUGCGAGGAUCCUGCUCCCCUCAAAUGCUUCACGCUCAAGCGCCGGGUGGUCAAUUUCGACCAAGAGAGACUUGACGGCUUGAUCCGCACCGCUGUGGCCUCGACUCGCUACCAAGGUGUGGUGGAGAUCAGCUUUCCCUUGACCUUUGCAGAGGUCGUUGUCCGAGACGGAGACGAGCCGAAGGCUUCGUUCAAGGACCUCUUCUAUUGGAGUCUGGAGCCGCCUCCGAAGAAAGAUCCCACCAAGCGCUACGAGUGCGUCGAGGUGAUCUGGCCGUUUGCGAAUGUUCCGUCCAAUGAGGCUGGUCGACGGUGUGCCGUCCAAGAUGAGCAAGACUGGUGGGCCAGCUGGAAAGACGCCGUGCGAAAUGCCAUCCUUGCGAGAAGGACGGGCUAUGUGACGUUGGAGGACCGCAUGGACGUGGCCGUGGGGGUAAUUGCGCCUGAGCCGGGCAAGGAUUGGGGUGUAUCCAAACUUAGCAUUGGCCGGCGUCUUCUACCAAGUCUGGAAUCGAAGAAUUUCCGCGUUCCUGAAAACCCACCGGCGCUGUUGUCGAGACCGGCAUUGCAAAAGGGUUUGCUUGCGACCGCUGCAGAGGCCUCAACCUACGAGGCCCGCGAAACUUUGCAGAUGAACCUUGUGAACGCUGUCUACCUGGACACCGAAUCGCACGUCGACAUGGCCAUCUGUCCAGCUAGUCGUCACCCGCAAUACAAACAACAAAGAGGUACCGGAGAUCCUCCCGCCAUAACCAGGGCCCUCAGGACGGUGGACGUUUCUGGUGCACCUGCAAAUACCAAGUUCACAGCCCCGCUAAAUCGAUACACGCGUCCUAUCAACACCACCCGAGUGUUCCCACAGAUCCUGGUCUAUCUCAGUUUGACGGCAUGCCGGACAUGCAACUGGAAGAUAUUCACGCACCGGAGGUGGCUUCUCCGCGGCGGGCUGUGGGAUCCGCCACUCUUCAUCGAAUCGCUCCACUGGUCCGCCCACAGUAUCCCCAACCUGGACGGGUUCUGCGACUAUGACAUCGGGGUUCCUGAUAUCCAGCCGAGCUUAUACGGCGAACCCCACAGAUGCAAUUGCGCACGGCCAGACACCACGAAUACGAGCCGCAACAGCAGAAACGGCACCGAUACGGGGUCCACAACCCCAAGGCUCGACCGCGAACUGGACGAUGCCGCUGAUCAAUGUAUUAGGGAGCAUCUCGUGCCAGCUGGCAGAGCUGAGGAUGCAAGCAUGCGACCUAUCCUCUCAGCCGGCCGGAGCUUGCACGUUCGAAGGCAUCACGCCGAACCUGACUUCUUCGACACUCCACUUUGCGAUGGCGCCUCGGCCGCUUCGCUGUGGACAAAGCUUCUCGGAAAGGCAGUUGUGGCCACAAUGAGAUUCAUACUGGUGCUACAGAUGAUGACGCCCUAA